AUGGAACGUCACCCCGAACACUCUCCCCUCUUCAUCCAAGAGGGCGCCCAAGAUGAUACGGACGGUGACGGGUGGGUCGAUGUUGAUGACAUCUAUCUGAUAGACGAGGAGUCUUCUUUCUGGGAGAAGGCCGAUUCCUUGGGAAACGGUGAGGAGAUGAUGGAUAUGGCGGCUGUCGACGCAGUGCAGCAUCAAACCCUUUCCGAUGGAGCCAAGAAGCAAGAGAAGAAGCAUUUCAAAUUCUUGGCAUUUGAACUUCAUUUCGCCCUUGCCGUCCUGCACUUGAAGUGCCGCCUCGUCUCUACCCCUGCUUUGGGAGCCAAGGAAUUAAUCGAAGCCAAUCCAUCUAUGAUGACUAAUCCUUAG